GUAAUCUACUUUAAUGGUGCUGAUGCGAACUUCAGUAAGGAGUCUCUCCCCUCUUGUGAUUGGCUGCACGCCUGUUGCCCGUCGGAUAAAAAGCGCAGUAGAGAGGCGGAGGAGAUAAAGACGGAGCAUCACGGGGCUCAUUGCACAAGGGGAUGCUGGCUUUUUUGGAGGGAGCAGAGAGCAAAAAGUGGAACCGCACCACCAUGACUGGGAAGGAGGGAAUUCUGCUUUCAGACAAUGAGAAUAAACAGAAAUCAGCCUCACAAACCAGCGUGAGCCACGGGGGAUCCCAGCAGCCGCCUCCGGUCUGGAAGAUGGCCCCCACGGUGCACCGGCGCACCGGCUUUGGGAUCCAGGAGCUGCUCGGCCUCAACAAGGAGCCGCCGGUGGCCCCGAGGCGGCCGCUGGAGGCUCUGCCGCACAGGGCGCACGUCCUGGCCGCCAGGUCGGCCCUCGGACACGGGGCUCUCGGGGUCGGUAUGGGUUUGCUGGGACCAGAGGGAAUACACUCGUUUUACAGCCAGCCUGCCUUUCUGGAGGUGCUGUCUGAGGCGCAAAAUGUGCACCUGCAGCCGCUGCACAGAGCGGCGCACGUGGACACACAGAUGGAUGCGCAGCACUCCGCCAGCUCAGAUUCUGAUGACUUGAGUCUCUCCUCCGGUGACCAGAAGUUCUCCAAAUCCUCCCUGAGUCAGAGCAAGAAGAGAAAGAAAAGACGACACAGAACUAUUUUCACUUCCUAUCAGCUGGAGGAGCUGGAGAAAGCGUUUAAUGAAGCUCACUAUCCAGACGUAUACGCCCGAGAAAUGCUCUCCAUGAAGACUGAGCUGCCAGAGGACAGAAUACAGGUGUGGUUUCAGAACCGCAGGGCCAAGUGGAGGAAGAGGGAAAAGUGUUGGGGUCGCAGCAGCGUGAUGGCAGAGUACGGCCUGUACGGGGCCAUGGUCCGUCACUCCAUCCCGCUGCCGGAGUCUAUCCUCAAGUCAGCCAAGGAGGGCAUCACGGACUCUUACGCGCCGUGGCUAUUAGGUAUGCACAAGAAGUCAGGUGAAACCUCGCACACCUCUCCUGGAAAGCCCUGCAGCCUGACACCAUCACCACCACCAAUAACACAGGAGAAACCAGUGGACAAAGUGAUGGAGGAAGAGGAGGAGAAACAGACAAAAGACACUAACUCGCCAAUUUCUAAGGAGGAACUGAGGGAGAACAGUAUUGCUGCACUGCGAGCGAAGGCACAGCAGCACAGCGCGAAGAUGCUCGGGACGGUUUCAGACAGGACAAGCAGCCACUUGACGCAUAAAGAGGAAACUGGGGACAAGGUGACGGAGCAGGAAACAGCAGAGGUGGAGAAGAGCAACUGAAAAGGGCUGCAGGAUACAGACUGAUGGCGAAAUACCCGCAGAGUGGAGUUUACAAACACGUCAGAGGCACAAGUCUUGUUUCAUUGGUUGAGUUGGAGUCACCCAUGAGCUUGUUAGACUUCAUACUGCAGAUUAUAUAUUAUAAACCUCUCAGUAACUUCUGCUCUGAGAAAAGGUUCUUCGGCGCCAACAUUUUGAGGUUUAUUAACUCAACCAAUGAGAUUAUUUCUUCCUCGCUGCCCUUAGAAAUAUUUG